AAAAAAUACAACUGUGACGAGUUUGGGAAAGAUUUUACUGUGAAAGCUUCCCUAAAAAUGCAUCAGGUCAUCCACACCGGAGAGAGACCGUUCAGCUGUGAUGAGUGUGGGAAGUCUUUUACCCACUCUGGAAACUUAAAAACACACAAACUCAUCCACACUGGAGAGAGACCGUUCAGCUGUGGAGACUGUGGAAAGUCUUUUACCAAGUCUGUAAGCUUAAAAAGACACCAACUCAUCCACACUGGAGAGAGACCAUUCAGCUGUGACGAGUGUGGAAAGUCUUUCACGCAGUCUGGACACUUAAAAACACACCAACUCAUCCACACUGGAGAGAGACCGUUCAGCUGUGGAGACUGUGGAAAGUCUUUUACCGAGUCUGGAAGCUUAAAAAAACACCAACUCAUCCACACUGGAAAGAGACCAUUCAGCUGUGACGAGUGUGGAAAGUCUUUUACUGAGUCUCGAAGCUUAAAAACACACCAACUCAUCCACACUGGAGAGAGACCAUUCAGCUGUGACGAGUGUGGAAAGUCUUUUACCACGUCUGGAAACUUAAAAAAACACCAACUCAUCCACAGUGGAGAGAGACCAUUCAGCUGUGACGAGUGUGGAAAGUCUUUUACCGAGUCUGGACACUUAAAAACACACCAACUCAUCCACAGUGGAGAGAGACCAUUCAGCUGUGACGAGUGUGGAAAGUCUUUUACGCACAUUUCAAACUUAAAAUCACAUCAACUCAUCCACACUGGAGUUAAAGCGUACACCUGUGAUCAGUGUGGCAGAGCUUUUACUCACAGUAACAGCUUACAGAGUCACCUACGCAUUCACACUGGACAUGAUGUGUACUGCUGUGAUCAGUGUGGCAAACAGUUUGCUACAAACACAGAGUUACAACGUCACAUGUUUACCCACACUGAGGAACGACCUUAUAAAUGUGACCUGUGUGAGAAGACUUUUAAAUCUCCAUAUUACCUGAAAGCCCACCAACAGAUCCACACCAGAAAGACUCUACAAGUGCAGUUACUGUGA